CAUUACCGAAGUUGCGCUGAUGCUAACGAUGAAGCAAGGACCCAUAAGCCCCUACGUCAUCCAACUAUAUGAGUGGUUUGAGCACCCUCAAGUAUUCACUCUCGUGAUGGAGAAUCCGGAUCCCUGCGAGAGCUUGUUGGACUUCAUCAACAAUAACCCUAACAUGAAUGAGACAACAGCGCGGCUCAUCAUGUGUCAGGCGGUGCAAGCAGUACUGCACUGCAUUGAGCACAGUGUUUUUCAUAAUGAUAUUCAUCCAGAUAAUAUCCUGUUGAGAAAACACACUUUGGAGCUCAAGUUAAUAGACUUUGGCUGUGGUCAUCUACUUAGUAGUAAUGGCUAUAAUCGCAGUCAAUAUAGAGGAAUACAGGCUUACUACCCACCUGAGCUCUUCACCUGUGGCAGAUUCUACGCCACCUCUACAAACGUCUGGGCUCUAGGAGUGUUGUUGUAUGAGAUGGUGAACACGUGUUCUCCAUUUUGCAAUAUAACUGAAAUCACACAAGCCGAAAUUAGGUUUGAAAACCCAGAUUUAUCCAAAGGUGAGAGAAUAGCACUAACAACACACACAUACAGCUUCUGCACAGAAGUAACAAACACUGGUAGAAAAUGUCCUGUCUAAAACACAG